UUAAAGAUUAGAAGUUUUGGAUUUUAUGUUUUUGUAUGACACUUUUCUAAAUCAGUUGAUCUCCCAGCUGUAUGUUCUUCUCCCUUGAUGUUGCCGGUCUUGGAAAGAGUCAACAUGUCAAGUGUAUAAAAAGGCAGCAUAGAUUGUAGCACAUCUUUAUUGUGGAGCCUCCAGGAGUGACUGUGUUUCGGAAAAGAGCAGUUCAGAGCUGUUGGAGCGACAAAUAGCACCUUCAGAGACCUUUAUCUGGGGUUAACACAUAUUUUUUAUAUGAACGAGGAAGUAGGGAACAAUACUGUGUUUGGAUGUUUCUUCCAAGUACUUCAGAAUGAAUCUUACAGCAGUGAACCAAACUGAAGGCUGUCAGGAAUAUUUCUGUCCAGAGAGAUCUGUUUCUUUAUCUGUCUAUGUGAUUCUGUAUGUGGCCGCAGCAGCUGUGGCUCUUCUGACCGUGUGUGGAAACCUGCUGGUCAUCAUCUCUGUUAGCCACUUCAAGCAGCUCCACACACCUGCUAACGUCCUCAUCCUCUCUUUGGCUGUGUCUGAUCUCCUUACAGGACUUUUUGUGCUUCCAUUUCGCUUGAUUUUGCUUAUUGAAUCUUGUUGGAGUUCUGGACUAGUGAUGUGCUCGUUUUUCAAUUUUGUGACUUUUCAAGCAACAAGUGUGUCUGUUCACACUGUGGCUCAAAUAGCUGUUGAUCGUUUUUUGGCUUUAAGUUAUCCUUUUUUUUACUCAGAGAAAAUCUCACCCACUGUGAUCUGCAUUGCUACUUUAUUUAACUGGCUGUUUUCACUCUUUUAUAACUUCACUCUUCUCUUCAUUAAUGGAAACUUCACUGAUGUCAUGUGUCCAGGAGUAUGCCUUUAUAUUAUAGAUGAGGUUUCAUCCAUCAUUGAUCUCCUGGUUGUGUUUCUUGUGCCAUGUACACUCAUCAUAAUAUUAUACACUCAUGUUUUUGUCAUUGUUAAGAAACAUGCGACUGCUAUAAGAGCCCUUCAGGUUCACAACAGCACCUCUAAAAACAGAGUCAGUGACAAAUCAGAGCGAAAAGCUGCAAUUCUGCUGGGGAUUCUGGUCUUUGUGUUUCUCCUGUGUUUACUGCCAUAUUAUAUUUGUACCUUAGUGAUUCCAUACAAUAAUGCUUACUACUUUUAUGUCAGAGAUGUUUCUGUAAUAUUUUUCUAUCUUAACUCCACCAUUAAUCCCAUCAUUUAUGCCUUAUUCUAUCCCUGGUUUCAGAAAAGCUUAAAAUUAAUUUUCACAUUUAAAGUGUUUAAUAAAGGCUCCUGUCUGAUGAAUGUGAUGUAA